GUGAGAGUGUGAAAAGUGCUUACCUUCGGGAAAAAUCCAUCAAAAUGAUGUUCAGUCGCUUAAAGAAGGCUGUUGGGCUUUCCAUCUCCCAACAUCGCGGAUCUCGUGCCGGAAGCGUUCUCGCGGAUCAAAUUAGCCAAAUAACGGGCGCCGGAACAACUGGUUUCGCCACAAGCAAGAAGAAAAACAUUCGUUUCAAGCAGGAGGAAGAAGCGCCCUUUCCGAAUCUCGAGGACUUGCCGAAACCCAAUUUGCCCUUUGACGUCGAAAAGAUUGCCAAACGCAUGGAAACGAUUGUCGAAACGAAAAUCAACUACAUUGACGAGGAUACGGAGCAAAAAGUCUGGGUGCCGUAUGACGCGCAAAAAUGUACGAAAUUAAGUCAGGAAUUGGCAAGGGAAAUUAAGGAAGACAUUAAAACGUUGGAGCACUUGGAGCGCUAUCGUACCGUGGUCAUUGUUUCCGUGGUGCAAAAACAGCUGCAGGGCAUCAAUUACAAGAUGAAAUAUUGCACGGAUCCGCAACGAGACAGUUUCGCCUUUUACACGUACGAAAAUUCGCACUUUUACAUCAUCGCGACAGCUGGCUUGAUUUACAAAGACUAA